AAGAAGAGCUGGGGAAUCUUCGACGAGACGGGGAUCUUUGCAUGUGCGUGCAGGCAUGGCUUUAUCGUAUGGAUAGCGGAUAUGGUGCGGAGCGGAGAGUUGUUCAAGUAUCCACUUGCCAUCGUCAACAAGUCCCUUGACACCCUCGGAGACCGCCUACUCAUUGCCUUCGACAUCGGCUGUAAGCUUGCGACCACGAUUGGCACAAGCUCCAUUGCUGCCAAGUUCAAGAAGUCCGGAUCCCGGAUGUGCGUGGACGCAUUCCACGGUUACACGCAUAAUUACUCGUGCCAGGACAAGAACCACCCUACCGGUGUUGAGGGUGCCGGCCUCGAGGACUUCGGCAUCAUGGAGCGCAUAUUCAGUCUGUCCAACAAUCUCGCCAUUGUCGUCCGCUAUUCCUCCGCAUUCACACGUCAUCAAUUCAUCGACAUGUACUUCAUUCAAUGGGAUCAAGACCGGUUCCAGAACCUC